AUGAACGCUGAAGAUGCUCUAGUAGCCAUAGAUGGAGCAGAAAAACCAAAGGAGAAGAAGAAGGAAAAAGAAGACGAUCGAAGAGGACAAAAAAGAGAUCAAGCUAACCGACGGAAUGAUGAAGGAAGUAGACGAAGAGAUGACAAAAAUCCUCGACCAAUGAAGUUCAUGCCUUUAGUGGUGCUCGUUGACCAGAUCUUAACAGAAAUAAGAGACGAACCAUCUCUUAAAUGGCCUAUGCCACUCCACUCAUCACCUAGUGUGCACGACAAGAAGAAAUACUGCCAUUUUCACAAAGUCCAUGGGCAUUACACAGAAGAUUGUCGGGAUCUGAAGGAGCAGAUAGAAGAACUCAUAUGGAAAGAGAAACUACAGAAGUAUGUGAAAAGGGGAGAUUUCAGCAAAUACGGUAAGAAGGAUAAGCAUGAAGGUUCCCAAAGAGACGAAGAUCACCCACCACCUCGUCCACAAAGUGCACUAGGGGAGAUAAAAACUAUCACGGGAGGACCAACCACAGGGGGAUCGUUUAGAUCCCUCAGAAAGUCACACCAAAGCCAGGUAAACAGUGUUCACAGCCUACCUCUCCUGAAACAAAGACGGACGAACCAAGACAUGUGCUUCUCAGAAGAAGAUGCCAGAGGAGUAAAGCAACCUCAUGACGACCCACUGAUCAUUAUGAUCAUGAUCGAGGGGUUCAAUACAAGGAGGGUUCUGAUAGACAAUAGGAGCUCAGUGGACAUUAUCUACCUUUCCGCCUUCUAG